AUGAAUCUGAAAGAGAGACUGGACGAGCGCCAGCGGUCAGACAUAGAGGCAUCCCAUGCGUAUAUCCAAAGCCAUCUCCCUCUGCGAUUCUCGUCCAGCAACGAGCCCCAAGCGUCGGAAUCGAAUCUUCCUCUGAGCACUCAUACAUACGUCGGCACUGCCAGCGACACGCACUUCUUCAAUACGAUCAAACAUGCCAUGAGCGCAAACCUGGAAACCUCGAAAUACCGCCCUGACACAGAACGGUACGACCAGCCUGAUUCAUUGCGAGGGAUCCCCCGAAUCCGUAAGCCGCUCAAGCUGCCCUCUGCCAAACUGUGCCACCAGUAUCUUGACAUCUUCUUCUCUACUAUUCAUUGUGCAUUCCCAUUUCUCAGUCGAUCCACAGUGGAAGAGCGACUGGAGAGAAUAUCUGCCGAUGGCGCCAGUGACAUAGAUCCAUCCUGGACUGCGCAGUUGAGCUUUCUCUUCGCUAUCGGUGCUUGCUAUACCUCUCUCACGGAGUCCGCCCGCCUUGACGAUAUACCGCAUCAGCAGUACUUUGCCCAGGGCCUCUUGUUCUUCGAUGAGAUGUACAGCAACUCUUCGCUGCAGAAUGUGUCGCUUAUUCUGACUCAGUGUUUCUAUCUACUGGCCACAUGCCAGACAGAUCGGGCCUGGAACAUCCUAGGCCUUGCCAUCCGCAUGGCCCAAAGCCUGGGCUUACACGUAGGAGCAUCACAAUGGGGCACUGUUGAGGAAAUAAAUCCACAGGUACAAGAAGAACGACGCAGAGUAUGGUUCUCGCUCUACAUCCUAGACCGGCUUCUUGCACUUCAACUGGGCCGCCCUGUAGGGAUUCAGCAAGCCGACUUCCACGUCGAGCUCGCAUCGAGGGCAGAAGAUAUUCGCCGCAUCAAUUCACAAUACUCAGAUGAACCAGGCGUUGCGUCGUCAAUGGACUACUUUCUCUCGCUGAUCGAGUUCUCCCACAUUGUCGGCCGCGUGAACACAGAGCUCUAUCAACCAGUUGAAGCAGAGCUGUCCUCAAAGAAGCUGCUAUUCAGCACUGCCUCUCUCGACUGGGAUCUUGUCCAGUGGAAAGACCAUCUUCCUCACCAUCUGCGAUUCGAUCUUGGGCAUACCCUCGAGAGAUCCCUCGUCUUUCGACGCCAGCGGAACAUGUUCGCUAUCAAAUAUCACCACCUGCGCGCUCUAAUCCACAGACCAUUCCUAUGUAUGUCACGUCUACACCAAAGCAGCCGUCUAUUCGGGGAGCUAUUCCAACACAACCGCUCCAGAAUCGACGAGGCCGAGUUGAUCUGCAUCACAGAAGCACAGGAAAUGGCGCACCUCCUACACAACAUCCCCGAUGAAAGGAGCCUGGUCCACGAUUUCCCAUGGUGGCAGAUGAUAUCGUGCUUGAUAUGCGCCAGCUCGAUUCUCGUCGUUGCAGCGACCUUCUUCGAGCCCAGCCCUGCAUCUACAUCUUCAGAACUGCGAACCAAGACAUUCGACGAAGACGCCGAAACAUGUCUAAAGGUAUUCGAAGCCUUAAGUACAAACUCGAAGGCUGCCUUCUGCGCCAAGUCCAUGCUGAAGAGUCUGCAGCAGCUAAAAGUGAAAUCCAAAGUUCGGCGAGUUGAGAACGAGCCUGCCCAGACCAGUGUUAAGAGUGCAAUCACAUCAAGUUCCAGCAAACUGGGGAAUCCCCCCGGUGACCUGAACUUGUGGCAACAAUGGCCAAGCGAGAUAUCAGACACCAUGCAAUGGUCAGCGCAGUAUCUUGAUUUGCCGCAGGACUAUCUCCCCAAUUUUGAAUUCGGUCUGCAGGAGCCUGGCUGGCAGAGUCAACCGGAUAAUUCUGGAUUAUGGCAUGAUAGCUGUUGA